CAUAUUCCUUCUCAUCUUCUAUAUAUAAUUGAUAAUUCUGUAGUUGUUCGGAAUUCUGCGUUUUCAUUAGACGAUGACCGGCAAGUUGGCCGGCCGUGGAGAAUAUAUCCGAAUGUCUGUCUGAAAAACGAUGAGUUUCUGCAAAUGAGAGGAAGAGCCUUCGUUCUGAUCCUGUGCUUCUGGGCUGUGCUCAUGAUUGUCACCCCUGCGCUUAUCAAACUCUCCGCUAAUGCAAAACUCAACGGGGAGUUCUACGUUGUCGUUUCAGAAAGUGAGGGGGACGGAGAAGCGAAAAACGACAAGAUUUCGGCGAGUUUGCUGUCUAGAAAGGCACUUGUAGCGGCGGUGCCUAGGAAAGCUCCUAUUCCGGCACCGGCGCCAGCUCCGGCGCCGGCAGCAGAAAAACGACAUUUUUGGAGGGAAAAGCUCAUGAAUUUAAGGAGGUGAGAUUGAGCGAAGUCAUGGCGGCAGAUUACUACGGCGUUGCAGAAUGGCAGGGGGGUGUAUUGAAUUGGGAAAUUUCGAUGAUUGUAAAUAGGUGCAGAGAGAAUUAUUCAUGUUUGUGUAAUAAGGGAAACGUUAGUUGGUCGUUGUUGGUUUCCCCUUCUUCUUCUUCUCUAAGUUACAAUGAUGACAUGGGAUGAAGUUUCAUAUAUAUCAGAUCAAUAAUGUAAUCAUCAUUUAUCAUAUCCCAGUGGACCCAGUGGUUUGUUCAUGUAUAGAUGAAUCCUAGUUUUGUUCUUUA